CCUUGGGAUCCUGACUCACUUCCCAUGCCAUUCCAGAGGCACAUGGAAGGGUUUGUGUCCGACUGCUACGACGGGAUCGCCGUCUUCCUCUGCAUCCACCUCGUGCUGCGAUUCCGGAACAUCAUGGCCAAGAGGAACGUCCCAGCUGUCGACAGGUACUGGGGGUCGGUGCUGGCCCUGCUGUGGCCGCGCUUCGAGCACAUCCUGGAGCUGCACAUCCAGAGCAUCCAGGGAACAGAUCCACAAAAACUGGGAGUGCUGGACACCAGGCCACACUACAUCACUCGCCGUUACGCCGAGUUCUCGUCGGCCAUCGCCAGCAUCAACCAGACCCUGCCCAGCGACAGGAGCGACGCCCUCCUCGGCAGGCUCCAGCUGGAAGUGGAGAACCUGGUGCUGCGCGUGGCCGCCGAGUUCCCCUCCAGGAGGGAGCAGCUCGUCUUCCUCAUCAACAACUACGACAUGAUGCUGGGGGUCCUCAUGGAACGGGCGGUCGAGGAGAGCAAAGAGGUCGAGGGGUUCCAGCAGCUCCUGUCGGCCCGAACUCAGGAGUUCGUGGAGGAGCUGUUGGCGCCCCCUUUCGGCGGCCUCGUCACCUUCGUGCGUGAGGCGGAGGCGCUGCUGGAGCGGGGGGAGGGCGAGAGACUCAAGGGACACGAAGCCCGGGCGACGCAGCUCAUCCGGGGCUUCUCCAGCACGUGGAAAAGCUCCGUGGAAUCCCUGAGCCAGGACGUCAUGAGAUCCUUCAGCAACUUCAAGAUCGGCACCAGCAUCAUCCAGGCGGCCCUGACUCAGCUGAUCCAGUUCUACCAUCGCUUCCAGAAGGUUCUGGAGCAGCCGCCGCUGCGAACGCUCCCGGCGCGCUCCGACCUCAUCAACAUCCACCACCUCAUGGUCGAGCUCAAGAAGCACAAACCCAACUUCUAGGGGGGCCCAAAAGCCCUGGGAAUCCCCCCAAAAAUCCCUGGAAUUCCUCAAAUCCCUGGAACCCCCCAAAUUCCCAAUUUUCCCCCCCGAAUUCCACGUGGGA